AUGAAAAAACGUAUUGGAGGAAUUCGAAAAGUUUCCGACAUUCCAGCGAACGCGCCACAAGUAGCGGAGUCGAUCUCCAUAAUUACAAAAACGCCACGUGAAGAAAAUUCGGGGUUUAUAUUUUGGGAGAUGUGUCGGACGUACGAUUUCUACUUAUUGCGCUUGAUGAUGCGCCACUCGACGUCGACAGUCCCUGAAUUUUGGGAUUCGUUGAGAGACCUUUUUGAAGAGAGUGGACAAAUCUAUCGAGUACUUUCCGAGGAAUUAGAAUUUGAUGUUUCCAACACGUCGGAGGAACAAUUUUUACUUCGCGCGAAUAGUGGCGCGACGCAUUUGUUAUCAAGUGUCAUGAGAAGAGACUUAACUUCUUUACUUGAAAAACAUAUGAACCCCAUUAUACAAAGUGUUAACCACAUCACUGACGAAAUCAACUUGGACCAAGACGCUUCGAACUUCUCGGAAAGUACAUCGACCAUUUCGGAAUUGUUGAGACUCCACUGCACAAGGUUUUUAACACUGGGAACAGACAUCCCGAAGGAAAUUAAAUACAUCUUCGCGCGACUGAGAACGGCCGUCGAGAAGAAAUUUGCGGGGAGCGGGACGCGAGCUAUUGCGAUCAUCAUUUUCCAUCGACUUAUCACCCCUGCGUUGAUCUCGCCAGCGAAUUACAACUCGUGUUUGAUCACCCCAACGGAAAACGCAAAGAAAGUGUUGAUGACGCUUGCGAAGAUCUACCAAUCGUUCAUCCAACAAGGCCAAGAACCAUUGAAGAAAACGAUGGCAGUGUUCAAUCAAUAUGUCGAGUCGAUGUAUGACCCGAUGAAUAAGUUUUUGGAUAGCAUUUCCGUGGAAACUAAAGAACCGGACAUGCACAAGUCACCGAUUUUGUCGCGACAAAUACUUGAUAAUGCGUGUGAGAAGUGUCGAGCUGUUGUUUGUUCUGCGACACAACAAGUCUUGGGGAAUUUAGUCACAAAGUCAUUGGAAGAUGGAAAGCAAAUUGUGUUGGAACAUUUCUUGGCAUUGAUGUGCGAAGACUGGUCGAAUAAAGAGGCGCUAAAGGAGUUACAACAACCGAAGUCACUUGCCCUCUUUAAUGACGAAAUCGACAGAAGUUAUAACGAGGUGACUGAAGGGUUUGAAAAGACUGUAAUGAUGCGUAUUAAAAAGAUUAAUGAACUCUCGGACGAGAUCUUUUACUUGAGGAGUAUCAUAGAAGAAUGCUGUAAUCGAAACGGAACGGACUUUGAAAAGGUGAUUGAAGAGUAUCAACCAUAUACACCACUCCCACCUCCAGUCUACACUGAAGAAAGGUGUGGAAAAGGGAUUCUGGAAUUGGAUGAGUACUCGUUGAGGGAUGUGGCAUCGAAAAUAUCGUAUAUGGGAUCAAACCCAAAUUCAACUGCGUCGAACUCGGCUAUUGAAGGAUCAAUGGGGAAAUCAGAUGCGACUGGGAGUGAGCAACUAGCUGAGUAA